CCCCAAAAAAGAACGUCAAUUUUUCUACGCAUGUCAGAAGAAAAAAAAAAAACCAAAAUACGAAUGAAAAAUAUAUAACCAAUUUAAUUUUUCGUGUACAAAAAGAAACCAAUUGCAAGGAACAAAAAUGUCUAUUCAUUACAGUGGAGCACUUCGCAGGUCAAAUGGAGUAGUAGCUGCCAUUGCCAAACAACUCAAAAGUGUUAAUCUAAAGGCUGUCAAUCGUAUUACCGUCUCAUUUAAUCCUUUUAAUGAAAACGCCAAAUCAACUAGGGAACUCCUAGUUCAUCUGACGUCACCCAAAAUCAUCAAGACUAACCCAAAUUGUAUCGUUAAACCAGAAGUUCUUUGCAAUUUACAACCAGCUGAAGUAAAAUUCUCAUUAAUUGAUCCAGUCAAAGAACAAACAAAAUUAAAGGAAAUUCGUUUUAUAAGUGACAAUCUAACAACUUUAGAGCUUCUGCAACUUUGUAAUAAACACAUUACCCCACUAGCUCCAAAGGAAGACGUCACAGCAACUCCUUUGCAAACAAAAUCUUCCAAAGCAGCUGGUUCAUCGAGGAAAGUUAUAAAAAGGAAGUGAAGAAGAGUUACAAAACUCAAUAAGCAAUAUGGUUAAGACUCGUGGAACUUUAGCUGUUAUUGAACAGAUUUACCAUGAUAUUCCAGCAUUCACAGAUGUCUUCACCGAGGAAUCAUUUUAUUUCUUUGCUUUUUGUUUUGUUUGUGCAACAAUUAUUGUUGCCUUUGCUUUAUCUAGAUUUAUAACUAUUAAGCCAGUAGACUUGUAAGUUUUGUUGAAAAUAAUGAAGUCUAAAUAAAUGGCAUUCAUUUCGGA